ACCUUCCAGAGAUUUUACUUUGUUAAACUGUUCCACUACGUUCAACCUACAGCUGCAGUUAAACAGAGCUGCUACAACACUCUGCUGCACUGUCACUCAGUAUUUCAAAGUCCAUCCCUCACCUGACUCACCUGAGACAAACCAGGAAACAGUUUGUUCCUCGUCUUCACUAAAGAGACACAGACUGAAAACCAUUCGAUCAGAUUCACCUUCAGACCAAACUAACAGCUACAGGAGAGAAAAGAGGAAAACUACAACACUGCUGCUUCAACCUGCUGACUCUCCACACACUGAAGCUUCACUCAGACUAAAUGGCUUCCAGAUCAGAGGAGGAUCUCUGCUGUCCGGUCUGUCAGGAGGUCUUUAGAGAUCCUGUUCUUCUGUCAUGUAGCCACAGCUUCUGUAAAGACUGUCUGAAGAGAUGGUGGAGAGAGAAACCAACACCAGACUGUCCAGUUUGUAAGAGAAGAUCUUCAAAUGAACAUCCACCUCUUAAUCUGGCAUUAAAGAACCUGUGUGAGUCCUUCUUACAGGAGAGAGAUCAGAGAUCUUCAGAGGAUCUCUGCAGUCUGCACUCUGAGAAACUCAAACUCUUCUGUCUGGACCAUCAGCAGCCAGUGUGUGUCGUCUGUCUACAUUCAGUAACACACAAAAACCACAGCUUCAGUCCCAUCGAUGAAGCUGCACGACAACACAGGAAAGAACUUCAGGAAACUCUGGAGUCCUUAAAGGAGAAGUUAAAGAGUUUAGAAAAAGUUAAAGUGAAGUUUGAUCAAACAGCAGAACACAUUAAGGUCCAGGCCCGACACACAGAGAGGCAGAUUAAGGAGCAGUUUAAGAAGCUUCACCAGUUUCUAGAAGAGGAAGAGGAGGCCAGGAUGGCUGCACUGAGGGAGGAAGAGGAGCAGAAGAGUCAGAUGAUGGAGGAGAAGAUGGAGGCUCUGAGCAGAGAGAUAGCAGCUCUUUCACACACAGUCAGAGCCACAGAGGACGAGCUGAGAGCUGAAGACGUCUCAUUCCUCAACAACUACAAGGCUGCAGUGGAAAGAGUCCAGCAGCGCCCCCUGCUGGAGGAUCACCAGCUGCUCUCAGGAGCUCUGAUAGACCAGGCCAAACACCUGGGCAACCUGACCUUCAACAUCUGGAACAAGAUGAAGGACAUGGUCUCCUACAGUGCUGUGGUUCUGGACCCAAACACUGCUCAUCCAAGACUCAUCCUGUCUGAAGAUCUGACCAGUGUGAGACAUGGAGAGAGACGCUGGUUUCCUGAUAAUCCAGAGAGAUUUAAAUCCCACAUUGUCCUGGGCUCUGAGGGUUUUAACUCAGGGACUCACAGCUGGGAUGUCGAGGUUGGAGACAAUAGAGACUGGAUACUGGGUGUGUCAGCAGAGUCUGUCCGGAGGAAGAGAAACAUACGGUCUGGAUUAUGGGGAAUAUGGUUCUGUGGAGGUAAAUACUCAGCACUGUCACCAUCAGCUCCAUCCACUGUUCUCUCAGUGCAGAAGAAGCUCCAGAGGAUCAGAGUGAAUCUGGACUGGAACAGAGGAAAGUUGUCGUUCUCUGAUCCUGAUACUAACACACACAUACACACCUUCACACACACUUUCACUGAGAAGCUGUUUCCAUACUUUGACACUUGGAAUAAACUCCCAGUGAGGAUCUCACCACUGAAGGUCUCUGUGACAGUAAAACAGAUCAGUUAAAGAUAAAGAGGAUGAUCAUAUUUCUGCUGUUGUUAAUUUCUUUAAGGGAAAACUCAGAGACUUUAACUGCACCUGUCCUCCUGCUGUCUACAUUAUUCUCAUUAAGGGUUGUAUACUUUUCUUUUAGUUCUCACUGCUAAACAAUCUGUUUUUUUCUGUUGUCAACCUUUGCACAUGUGUAAAAUGAUUUACCCAUUUUCCCAUUUGGUUUGCCUUUGUUGUCAUUUUAUAUUUGAAUGUACUUUUUUGACAUUGUGUGGAGGCAUUAAAACCAUC